UGCAUUUCGUCGACAAAUAGGUUAGUCGGCAAACGCCCUUUCAAAGGUAAGGAUUAUGAUGGCCGAAGGUACAUGUAAAGAAAAAAAUACAGUAUACAGUUGUCCAGUUUGUUUGGAAAGAAUUAACAGACCAACAUGCCUCCCUUGUUUACAUACUUUUUGUGAACAAUGCCUGCAGACCUAUAUAUCUAGGGCUGCCAUUGGGAAAGAUCUUGAGAAGUUUGAUUUUGAAUGCCCGUUAUGCCGUCGAGUGACAGGUCGACCGGAACCAGGGAUUUCCGUGGAUGAUUGGGCAAAGCAUUUUCCUACCGACAUAUUGAUCAACUCCAUAAUGGAAUCGAAUGAUAAAGAAAAAGAUAAAUUAUGUGCCAUUUGUCUACGUGAUAACAAGAAAAGUAAGGCGGAGUCCUGGUGCCACGACUGUGCAGAGGCUAUAUGUGCUUCCUGUAAGCAUCUCCAUCAAAUAAUUGCUUCACUUCGGAAACACAAAAUUAUAGCACUACCUCUUGAUGGGAAAGACGAUAAGCUUAAUUUCCCAGAACUAGACGAACCCUGUCAUUUGCAUCAAGGCAAAUAUGUUGAAGUUUUUUGUUUGGAUCACGAAACUCUUUGCUGCAGCGUCUGCUUUGCAACGCAGCAUAGACACUGUGAACGUGUGGAAGCUUUGGACGAAGUUUCUAAAAAUAUGCCGAAUUCAGCCGUGGAAUGGAAUAUUGAUGCUCUUUCAAAGCUCUCAAAGAUUUUAGAAGAAACUGCAAUUCACAAAGAAAAUGAGAUAUUGCGCAACACUGCCAAAAAGGAAGAAAUUCUGAAAAAUGUAUCCACAGAAAUUGCAAACAUCAAAACUAAACUUGAUGACUUACAGCAACAGUUUGAAAAAUCAUUCCUGAAAAAGCAUGAAGAUAUUGAAGAGAAAGUCAAACAAUGCAUUUUUGACAUGAAGCAGUACCUUUUAACUGUCAAAAACGGAAGGGCCCUUCUAUCUGCAGUUCAAAAAAGGGACUCAAGUAAGCAAACGUUUCUAUGCUUAUUAAAGAUAUUAAGAGAUGUAGAUGAACAAUGUGAACAUUUCAAAACCAGAAAUGCAGAGGAUGUAGAGUAUGAUUAUGAACAUGAUCACACAACAAUACUAAAACAGAUUUACCAGCAUGAUAAAAUAGACGAGGUAAAGUUUCCAGCAAGACCAUCAGGGAAUAUUUGGACUUUUUCAAAGUAUUUUUCAGCUUUUCCGAUCUUUGGGAACAUGGAUAAAGACAAUACUUCAGCAAGUUCUGAGAAAUUCCAAAACCCACUAUCUCUAAAAGCGGUGAAAAAAUCCGAAUUUAAACUCCCUACUCCAGCACAACAAGGAAUAUUUAUAAACAAUGAAACAAUUGCAAUGGUCUCUUCGUCAAAUUCUCUGCAAUUCUACAACCCCUCCCAUGGAACAUCAAUGCCAUGUAAUCCUCCAUUGGAAAUGGCAGGAAAACCCAUGUUAAGUUCUGGACCAACCAGAGAAACUCUGUACGUCAGCUGUCUGUCCAAAAUUCGGAAGUUUAAGAUAAAAAUUGUGAAAAAAUCUAUCAAUGCUACGUGUGUCAGAGAAAUAGAUUUGAAGCAAGAUUUUUGCGUUUUUGGUGUAGAUGAGGAACACAAUAGAAUCGUUACAGCAUCCAAAACCCAGAUGACUAUCUUCUCCCUCUCCCCUGUUUUAUCAGUUACUAACACGAUCACCUUCCAGAAUCCACAAAAGGGUCCUGUAAUGGCUCUGUCGAGGACCUGCGACCGGCUUGCUAUUCUGACAGGGAAUAAUGAGGUGGUUUGUUUCUCAAUCAAUGGGGAGGAAAUAUUUCGGUUUCAAAAGAAAGACAUGGAAAACCUUCACUGUUUGUCAUUCGAUCCUCAGAAUAAUGUAUAUACAUUAUAUUGGAAAUAUCCCAGCUGCAAAAAAUUUACGUUGCAGCAUGGUUGUUUAUAUGGAGCAAAGAAUUAUUAUUUAUCUGAAAACUGCGCUACUUGUAACGGUUGUGGACAUAAAACUCUUGGUAAUUGUCAAUCAUGUGGAGGACCAGCAAAAGCACAUCAUCAAUAUGGCGCAGUUCUUCAAAUUUUGCACGACGGUAGUAGUAGUCAAUCUUUUAAAUCAGAUUGUCUCCAAAGCAGUUUCAUGUUUUUCAGUCAAUCUUAUGAAGAAUUUUUCAUUGCUGAUGGAAAGAAGUGUAUUGUCUACACGUUUCAUAGCUGAUAUUUUUUUCUUUAAACUACAUUUGUUCAUAUGAA